AGAGAGAAAAAAAAGGGCAUAAAGAGCCAAGUACUUAUAUUCCAGCCAAGUUAUGAGUCUCUGAGAACAAGAGCUUGAGGGAGGACUGUUAACCCCAUCUUCUGGGGCAGAGUGAGCUCUUCCCCUGUGGGUCUGCACUGCCUGCGAAGCUCAGCGCCCCGCUGUGAGUGAGAGGCCAGCCUGCUAGAGAACAGCAGGAAUCGGCAACAAAAACGAUGACAGUCUGAAAUACGCCCCAGCGCCAACCUCCAAAUUCGUCUGUCACUUCAGACCCUGACUAGUUGACAGAGCAGCAGAAUUUCAACUCCAAUAGACUUGAAUGUGUUUCUGGGCAAAGAAGCAGAGCUAACGAGGGACGAGAUUUAAAGAGUUUCUCUUGGGUAUUUAUCAAAUUUUUAUUUCCUGGCUGUGUGCAAAGAAGGGAUUCAAUUUCAAUUGUCUACUAAGGCUCUGGGUCCGGCCACCUACCUGAAGGUCACUAAGUCUAAUCUGUUCUGCCUAUAAAGAUUUCUCAGAACUAUCCAGAGAUGUGCUGGUAAAUGUUUAACAAUCAACUUUGGAGAAGGGAAGGUAGCGUUUGAUGAUUUCCAUGGUGUAAUCCUCCCACCAUGGCUCAUUUCAAGCUGUCAACAUGACAUGACUGGACAGAACUGAUCUAGAAAGCAUGAAGACGGUGCUUUUUUUCCUAUACAUUUUGGGAACCACUGCAGCAAUCCCGGCAAACGUAAGAUUCCUAUCUGAUCAUUCCCAGCCAACCGCUGAUCCCUUGAGUUCCGUACAACAGGCUGAAUCAUUGGUAACACCUGAUGACACUACAGUCUCCAUUUUCAGGGUUGAAGAUUCAGAAAAUGAAAAGGAAACUGCAGCAUCCACAGAAGACCAUCCAAACCAUGGGGCUGAAAAAUCUUCAAUAUUAAAGUCAAAGGAGGAAAACUAUGACCAGUCAGCAGAUCAGGACCAGAGUUAUAGCCAAGAGCUGGGAUUACAGGAUCAAGAAGAAAGUGAAAGUGACUUAAGUGAGAAUUUAGAGAAUUCACCAUCUAAAGAUACAUUGGAUCUAAAAGAAGAUAUAAGUGAGCCUCAAAAGAAAAAACUCCCAGAGAACGUUGACUUCCUUGCUCCUGAAGUUAGUUCCACUGCAGACUCUAACCAACAGGAAAGCAUCACAAUGACAGAGGAAAACCAAGAACAGCCUGUAAAUACUUCUUAUCCUCAAUUAAACAGGAGCAGUGAACAUAGCCAAGACCUAAGUGAUCCAGGAAACCAAGAGCAGGAUCCAAAUACUGCCGAUGGAGAAGAGGAAGAGGAACAAGAGCCAGGUGAAGUUGCUACCUACGAUGACAACCAAGAAGGAGAGAGAGAACUUCCCAAGGAGCAUGCUGACAGCAAGCAGGAAGGGGAGAACACCCAAUCUGAUGAUAUUUUGGAAGAGUCCAACCAACCAACUCAGCAAAGCAAGAUGCAGAAAGAUGAACUGGAGCAGAGUAACCAAGAACAAGAACAGAAUGACUCCAAAGCAGAAGUGGAAGAAGAAACUGCAUCAAAAAUUAAUAAGCACAAUCAAGAUACUGAACAGCAGGGCCAAGAGGGAAAACCUGGCCUUGAAUUUAUCAGCAACCAUGAGGAGAUGGAUAAAAAGACUGUUUCCGAGGCUUUGCUCGUAGAUCCUACUGCUGAUGGUAACACCAUAGCCAGAAAGCAUGGGGCUGAUGAUGAUGGUGAUGAUGGCCCCAGACACGAUGCAAGUGACGACUACUUCAUCCCAAGCGAGGACUUCCUGGAGGCUGAAAGAGCUCAAUCCAUUAGCUAUCACGUCCGAUAUGAGGAGGAAAGGGAAAGAGCACUUGAGAAUGAGAAUGUAGACACCAAUGAACCUGGAGAACACCAAGAGGCCAAGAAAGCAGAGAGCUCACCGAUCGAAGAUGAAAGUUCAAGUGAAGGCAACAUGAGGGUGCAUGGUGUUGAUUCUUGCCUGAACUUCCAGUGUAAAAGAGGACACAUCUGUAAGGCUGACCGACAGGGAAAACCGCACUGUGUUUGCCAAGAUCCAGUGACUUGUCCGCCUUCAAAACUCCUUGACCAAGUUUGCGGCACUGACAAUCACACCUACGCCAGCUCCUGUCAUCUGUUUGCUACUAAGUGCAGACUGGAGGGGACCAAAAAGGGCCACCAACUGCAGCUGGAUUAUUUCGGUGCCUGCAAAUCUAUUCCUGCUUGUACGGACUUCGAAGUAAUUCAAUUUCCUCUAAGGAUGAGGGACUGGCUCAAGAAUAUCCUCAUGCAGCUUUAUGAGCCUAACCCAGAGCACGCUGGAUAUCUAAAUGAGAAGCAGAGAAAUAAAGUCAAGAAAAUUUACCUGGAUGAAAAGAGACUCUUGGCUGGGGACCAUUCCAUUGACCUUCUCUUAAGGGACUUUAAGAAAAACUACCACAUGUAUGUGUAUCCUGUGCACUGGCAGUUUAGUGAACUUGACCAGCAUCCUAUGGACAGAGUCUUGACACAUUCCGAGCUUGCUCCUUUGCGAGCGUCUCUGGUGCCCAUGGAACACUGCAUAACUCGCUUCUUUGACGAGUGUGACCCCAACAAGGAUAAGCACAUCACCCUGAAGGAGUGGGGCCACUGCUUUGGAAUUAAAGAAGAAGACAUAGAUGAAAAUCUCCUGUUUUGAAUUAAGAUUUGAAAGAACUCAAACUUCCCAGCAUCCUCCUCUGCUCUGACCACUUCUGAAAUCUAUGCAGCCAUGAUAUUUGUAGAUUUAUAUUUAGCAAAACGUUUGCAUGUCUAAGAAGACAAUGAGAGUAAUUGCUUGAUAACAGUAUAUGCGCCAGACAUUUAAUAUUAACUUUGGAAAUAAAUUAAGUCAGGUAUGCAAAAUUCUGUACACAUUUGUGAACAGGAGUUUAACUCAUCCUUUCUGCAUCCAUUUAUUAGAUACUUACUAAUUAUAAAACUUGAAAAAGUAAUACAUUCAUUUUGUCCGUAAUAUCACGUGUACUUCAAGAAAAUGAAAUAAUGCUCUUUUGUUGUUAAUGUGUAUGAUUUUCGAUAUCUUAAUAUCCUAAUAAAAAUCCAAAUGCUAAUUCAAGUUUA